AUGUGUGAGCAGUCACAAUUUCUCGAGAUCAAUACAUCCUCAUCUGCAUCGUCGUCUUCAUCGUCACUACUGCCAUCAUCAUCAUCUUCUUACUUAUCCUCAUCAUCAUCAGCAACAGCAUCAUCGUCGUCAUCAUCGUCGUCAUCGUCUUUGUCACUAUCAAGAUUGACUUCUUUCUCCGCUGAAUUUAUUCCUGGAAAACAUCAACAGCAAGCUAAAAAACCACCACCACCACCACAACAACAGCAAAAACAUCAUAAACAACAACAGCAACAACAACCAAACACCAAAAACAAUAUUAACGAUCACAACAUUUUUAAUAGCUUCAGCAAAGACAUCAUUGCCAACAACAACAACAACAACAACAACAACAACAAAGUUUCAUCACUAUCGCCUUCAUCACCAACAUCAAUACAAUCAUUCUCACCCCAACCAUCAUUCCAAACAACAGCGGCACCACCCAGCCACGGCUACAUAGCAAGCAUGGUGACAUCAGAUUUGGCUCAGUGUUACAACAAGCCCUGGCUACUUAGGGCACAGCCAGGCCAGCACAUCACUAUCAAACUCUACGAUUUCGCCAUUCAAAACAACAACAACAACUACUUCCAGCCAAACAACAUCGUAAAUAAAGUUAAAAACAACAACAACAACAACUUGGUUUAUUAUGAUAACAACAAAAAUAUUUUCAGCAACGACCGUGAUGACGUCAGCAAACGAAACAACAAGUUUGAUGAAUACAUUGUAAACAAAGCCAAACGUCACCUAGCGUCGAAUUUUGCUAAUGACGGUUCUAAUAGUAAUAUUUUGCUCAAAGAAUUAUCUUCAUUGAGUGGUAGAAAUGAAAUUAACAAUGAUAUGAUGAUUGACGCCAUCAAGGGCAUCAACAAAAACAACAACAGUAACGACAUUUACGAUGAGAAAGAAAACAAUAACGUCUACAACACUGACAACAAUCUAUACAACAUCUUGAAUAAGAUAUGUGUAUACGCCUGCGUUGGAGCCCCGGAACAACAACGAGUUGAGCUGACUAACACAGCAUAUGUAGUAAUUUUUGUUGCAAUAUUAUUAUAA